AUGGUUAAUGAAGCUCAUAAGGACAAAUUAAACACCUCUGUCACAUUAACGGUACACGCUAUUCUCCGAAAUUUACUCCGAUACACUAUAUCGGUGAGAGAAUACGAUGCUAUACACAAGCACAUACUUGCGAGAAGUAGGCUAAUACGAAGGAGAGCAAUAAGCGUCAAUAAAUUUGAAAGGAUAGUAGGCGGUGUGAAAGUAGAAGACUUCAGGUCCGCGGACAGUGGACAUGGGUCAAGAGACGGAGGAUCCAGUUACAAUGAUAGGCUAACAUCUGGUGAUGAGUAUAAUACAACUGCUAUUCGGGAAAGCAUUCGGGUAUUUAUCGGCACAGCUUUGGCCUUAAAGAUUUGGAAGUACGUGAGAUUAAGAGUAUUAGGACAUGGAUGGAGCAGCCGGGAGAAGAUCAACUUCUGGAAAUCGUCAUAUUUCCGCCUCUCACUCUCCCUCAGCACGAUUUUGCUGCUUCACCGUAUCCUAUACCGGUUUUUUACCCGACUACGCUCCCACUUGCUUGCGCCGUAUGCCACACCUUUUCGUAAGAGAAACAAAGGUACAACGACAAUACUUACCUCGCGAUACUCUCCAGCUAUCGGCGCUAGUCUCUCCGGUCUAGCUCUGGGUAUUUAUCCAGCGAAACAACUACGCACAGUAAUAGCUAUUUACACAAUGAGUCGUGCAGCUGAAUUCACAUAUAACCUCUCGAUGCAAGAAGGUUGGAUUUGGAAAGAAGGACGACCACCCUGGUGGGGAAGCUGGUUACUAUUUCCUAUAGCAAGUGGCCAAUUGCUACAUGCUUUUGUAUAUCACAGGGACCAAUUUCCAAAGGAAUACGGAGAAUUUAUUCUAAAAUAUUCACCCCAAUAUAUUCAACAGCGCCCAGAAAAUUACUCGGCCUCUCUACCAUGGCCAUCGCGAUAUACUAUUGUUGAUAAUCUUGCUUCUAUGGCGAAGCUCGGAUACCCAGCAUAUACGUCUCCUAUAGUUUUCCCUACGAAUAAACCCCUAUUUCCGGAGGUUGCGCCCAUCACAAAUUCUGCUCAUCCAAUGAUUACUCGCAUGCCUUGUGCUACGCUUCACCCAGCUGAUCCUGGCUGCAUGGAAACCUAUUUUAAAUAUUGGAUGAAUGUAUUUCCACAGUUGGCUCGAUUCUUUACUAUCAUAUUUUCCCUUUCAUCACUUCUCGGUCUUAUUAUCAAGCCAAAAGAUUCAAAGACUCUACUCAACGCACCAGUUUCUGUUCUCAGUCGACUUAUUGAGCGCAUUCUCCGAUACUCAGUCUUCGCGUCUGGCUCCAUUGGAACUUCUUGGGCUUCGAUUUGCCUAUUUCAGUACCUGUUACCGAACAACGUCGUCCCGGAGAGUAGGUUCUUUCUUGGUGGUCUCCUUGGCGGACUCUGGGCUUGGUUUGUGCGUCGCGAUGCUCGAAAUGAGUUUUUACACUCCUUGCGCGCUAGUUUUCUCAGCUAUUGGCAGGUGGGGAAAAAGCGAGGCUGGUGGCACGGAAUCCGGGGAGGUGAUGUUUUGAUUUUCGUUGGCAGUUUGGCAUUACUUAAUUCAGUCUAUGAGCGUGACGGGGGGAGAGGGAUAGUAGACAGUACUAUUGCGCGAAUGAUGCUCAGGGGUGUCAGGGGUGACGGUUGGCGAGGUGACAUCUCGAAAGAAAAAAAAGAUGCGACCUAUGAGGUCUGA